GAUUUGCGAACGUGUUUUGAUCGCGGUGUGUGUGUCUUGCCGUCACCUCGACUAUACUUUUUAAACUCGUGCAAUGUGUAUCGUGAUAUGUACCUGAUCCAUCAAGGAUAACCUACUGAUCGGGGCUUCCCAGGGAAACGGAGAAAAAACGAAACCCAAGAAAAAUGGUCAUGUGACGUAACUGGUUAGCACGCGAAGCGAAUCAUGAACGCUGAUGGAAAUGGUUCGCAAGAGGGUGGAACAGGGAAUGAUUAUGGAAGCAGUGAGGAAACUGCCGCUCUGAUAAGUAAGGCACCGCCGCCAGUUGUGGUGCCGCCGACACCACAGGGGAAGCCGGUGCUCACAAGACAAGACCGAGCAACAUUUCUAGUAGCGUCACCCCAAUUGUCGGUGUCGGGACUUGGUGGCUCCGAGGAAAGUGCCACUAACGAAGACCCCGCUACUAGAUCGGUGCCCGACAUAGAGCUGCAUUGCAGGCUAGAUAGUGAUCCUCAACCUGUGGUGGCCCCGAUCCCCCAAUAUUACCGGUCCAGACUCACGUCUUAUCAGCACCGAUGUCGUUGCGAAAGGAGGGACUCAUUGGCCCCAUCAUCUGCCCUUCAUUUGGCCAGAAGUGUUUCAAGGGAAAGUGUGAAAAGCGGACAUCAUUGUUGCCCAUGUCAAGCGCCGCCGCCACCAGUUUUAGUAACGACUUCACCAAGUGCGCGAAUGAUCCGUCAGAGUUCGCAGCCGGAAGCCUAUGUUUGUUGUUGUUCAGGAUGCUGUUGUCCCCUUCACGCCGGAAACGCUCCUAGCGCAGCAUCGUUGCGGCAACUUCGUGAACCUGGCGAUGGAAUUGCCGGUAUCGCAGCUGACUCACUUAGAAUCAAUGGCGGCUUCCGACAAUUCCGACAGCUGCGGAAGCCAGUGUCCACUCUCUCGAUUCCCGGGGCGAUGAAGAACUGUGGCGGAAUGGCCGCAGGGCCCGGGGGUACCGGGAGUGGGGGUAGCGGCGGAAUCGGUGGCGCCGGAGGUGAAGAGGCCGCGAUCGCUCUCGUCGGCGUCCAUUCGGAAUACCCGCGUUAUAUGGAGGAUCGAGGCCUUGGCGGUGGUUCGAUUAAGGGCCACGGAAGCAUUGGUACUGCCUCGAAGCACAAACCAAACGUCGGCUAUCGGCUCGGCCGUCGGAAGGCACUCUUCGAGAAGCGGAAGCGCAUUAGUGAUUAUGCCCUCGUCAUGGGAAUGUUCGGAAUUGUCGUCAUGGUCAUCGAAAACGAACUCUCAAGUGCGGGGUUGUACACAAAGGCCUCAUUUUAUUCGACUGCACUGAAAACCCUGAUCUCUGUGUCGACUGUGAUACUGCUUGGCCUCAUAUUUGCUUAUCAUGCUUUAGAAGUUCAGUUAUUCAUGAUCGAUAACUGCGCGGAUGACUGGCGAAUAGCGAUGACCUGGCAACGAAUAUCGCAAAUCGUACUCGAAUUAACCAUCUGCGCAAUUCAUCCGAUUCCAGGUGAAUAUUAUUUCAUAUGGACAACAAAACUGGUGAACAAGGGAGGUGAAAUGGGCUCAAAAUUGGUGCCAUACGAUGUCACCUUAUCUCUUCCGAUGUUCCUGAGACUAUACCUCAUAUGUCGAGUGAUGCUUUUGCACUCGAAAUUGUUUACCGAUGCCUCGUCACGAAGUAUAGGAGCCUUAAAUCGAAUAAAUUUUAAUACGAGGUUUGUUUUGAAAACCCUCAUGACCAUUUGCCCGGGAACUGUUCUUUUGGUUUUAAUGGUGUCCCUUUGGAUCAUUGCCUCAUGGACGUUGAGGCAGUGUGAAAGGUUUCACGAUGAAGAACACGCGAAUCUUCUUAAUGCAAUGUGGCUCAUCGCGAUCACAUUCUUGAGUGUGGGUUUUGGUGACAUCGUACCAAACACGUACUGCGGAAGAGGCAUUGCAGUUUCUACGGGAAUAAUGGGAGCUGGGUGCACAGCGUUACUCGUGGCAGUCGUUUCAAGAAAGCUAGAAUUAACGAGGGCCGAGAAGCACGUUCAUAAUUUUAUGAUGGACACACAAUUAACUAAAAGAUUAAAAAAUGCAGCGGCAAACGUACUGAGAGAAACGUGGCUUAUCUACAAACAUACUCGUUUAGUAAAACGUGUUAAUCCAAGUCGUGUGCGAACACACCAACGAAAAUUUCUUUUAGCUAUUUACUCGCUCAGGAAAGUAAAAAUGGACCAGCGAAAAUUAAUGGAUAAUGCCAACACCAUAACCGAUAUGGCCAAGUGUGUGUGCAUGUCUCUCUCUGCGCAGGUACAAAAUAAUGUACACGAGUUAGUCUCCGAUAUGAGUACGCGUCAAACUACACUCGAGGAACGUUUAGUCAACCUCGAAGAGAAAUUGACUGAGCUGCAGGAACAGGUGGAAUUGCUACCGGAAGCUCUCACACGAUGUUUAGCACAACACACCGAACGACUGGAACAGAGACGAAACUUUCUGCAUCCGGAUACAGCUGUGGCACUUAUUACACCCGGAAGCGGUGGCGGUGCCGUCAAUAGUUUAGGUAUUGGAAUGUCGGGAAGUAUCGCCUCGUCUCAUCAUCCGCUGACGAGUCUUUCGAAUUCGCCUCUACUGCCACACUCGAGGAGUGUACCAAAUGCACCAAGUGCAAUAUCACUUCAUCCAUGGCCAGCGAGUCCGGUCUUGCCGCCGGUCUCGAGUCGAACUCCACACCUCGUGCCGGAAACUGGUACCGGAAGACAUUACAGCAUUCCAGCGUACUCAACACCAACGACAACACAAACACAAUCGGCAACGAGGCUCGCAUUUUCACAAACAGGCAUGGGAGGUCUUGGGAACAGUCAAGGCUCUGACACGUCGCGUAGCUGAGCCACAAGUUUGCAGCCGCAGCAUUCAUAUUAAAAAACCAGGGCCUUCUUCUUGUCGUACCAACAAAUUAUUUUCUAUGCCGUUCUCACUCAUCAAGUCGUCGAAUUACGCUUCGUAAAAACCAUUCUUCAUUUUCAUCAUAUAAUAUAUAAAUAACUGAAUACAACUCAAUAUUUAUAUAAAUAUAUUUGCCAAAAAUAUAUUUAUAAACAUAUUUGUUUGUUAAUAAAUCGAAGCCGCGUUCGAGUGCAAAACGUUGCAGCCUUAUUCAUUCAUCGUCGAUAUUAAAUAUUCAAUCUUCAACCGCAACAAAUCCUUGGGACCAGGACUGGACAUUUAUUCGAAUUUUUAUUCGCGAGGAUAUUCAUUUUUUAGAAAAAUCAUCAUCUUCUCCUUCUUCUUCUUCUUCUUCUUCUUCUUCUUCUUGUUCUUCUUCUUUGUUAUCUGUUGUAUAUUUAUGUAAAUGACUUGUAAAGAGAUUGAAAAUAUAUUUAUUAGACAGUU